UCAUUUUAGACGAAUUGAAUUCAAUUAACUGCUUCGAAGAUAUUCGUUCGAAACUCAACGGAGCGACAUCAAGACUGAAAUAUUGGUGCGACGGCGGUCCAUUACAUGAGUCACCACAUUUCAAGUGUCAAUAUCUUCGGUUGAUACUUGAGCAGAGGGAUCUGUUUAGUACCAUGCCCCGUUUCGUUAUUCUGGUUUCGAGCUAUUCGAAACAAUUCAAGACUUUGUGCAUAGAGAAAAUGUUUUCCCGGUGCCUGAACGACAUCGCCAAAGAGAAAACCAGCGGAGAGAAAAACCUCAAUUUCAUUUUCGCUUUGAACGAGCUCUUCCGAGUCGCUGAUGAAGACAUCAGGAUACAAAAAAUUUUGGAAGGAAACAUUUAUGAAUGGGAAAAUGAGGACCAAACUGGGCAAGAUUUUGUCAACAAGUUGGUGGAAAUUAUUGCAAUUAGUAGCAAUGCCAUAGAAAAGGAAUUACCUCAAUGGUUUCAUCUUCUGCAAUCAGACAAAGAGUGGACGCCGAGAUUGUAGUUGUUGACCAAAGAGUUCUGCAAGAAACUCUUGUUACCAAUGACAACUGAAAUCAACCUCAAGGACGAGGACGGAAGAAAAAUCAUUUUCAUUUACGGGACCACCGUUUUUAUCAGUAAAAUUAUACAGGAAAUGUUGAAACUUAACCGCGAUCAUUCCAAUGACCGUGUACAGGAAAUUCAAAUUGUGGGAUUGACAUCGGUUCACGCGGUUCACGUCGACUGCGAUUUGGAAUCAAAGGACUGGCACGGAAUAAAUGUGGGCAUCGUCACCCACAAUCUGUAUGUCGACCGCGAUAACGUUUUAUGGGAUGUCUCUGGCAAAAAUGGCAACGACAAAGUGGCGGAGGGACUUGGAACUGAUCAAGCGGGUGAGAGCGGCGGAAAUGUGUGCACAUCAUUUACGACGAGAUCAUCAACGCCGAACGAUGGACGAUAGUGUGUGACGGUGGUGACGGAAGUGACAGGCUGAACAGCGGCGAUGUUGAAAUCGGGCCAGACGGGGAAAUUCAGAAAUGGUCCAAAGAAAAAUUUGAAAAAGUUUUUCCUUCCAUGUCGACGUUUGAUACCAAGGGAGAGAAACAGGAACACGGCACUAUUCCUCAUUCCGAGAACGCAAUGAAAGCCGUUUUGGAAACGCUAGAAAAGAUCGUCCCAAAACAAAUCGUACAGAAGGUACAGAUAUCCAAGCCGAUCACACUGAUAGUUUUUUCAUCAAAGGCAUAGCGAAAGACGGUAGUACGAUCACGGCUUCAUUUUAUCGUUCAAUGACGAAACGGCAAACACUAAUUUUUUGUCAAGGAAGCAAACAUGGGCCAGGUGAAGGUGGAUUUGGUGGUACCAUCAAGUUUGAAUGUACGGGGGGUCCAGAAACGUUUUUGAAAGGACACCAAGUUCCAUUCGUCGGAAAGGAUCAGCGCGAAGCAACAGCUGUACGGAUGGGUGUCUACGAGGCAACGGGUACCGCCGGUUUUAUGGGAAUACCGUUCGGUGACGUCGGAUUCAUUCACAACCUCGACACAUCACUGAAGUCGGCAGAGGAUAAUUUGGUAGGAAAUUACAUAGGCUUUGAUAAUGACGUUAGAUUGAAAAUGGAAUGUACUGAAGAGAAACCUACUAGAAAGGAGUAUGACCCAAAGAUCAAUUUUUAUGCUAAAUUAAAUAAGACUAUGUAUGCGUCAAUUGUUCCUUGUGAUGACCGGAAAUUCGCCCAAGUCCAGCCAUUACACUUGGCAGCUGUAAAGAAAAAGGCCAUCGUUCGCGAAAAUCUCACUCAAUACCUAGCCCAAGUAAAUGAAAAGAAACUAAUGAUGGAAUCAUUCCAGACGUUGUUAUCCAACCCGCUGGAAUUCAAAUCAAGUAGCAUCGAUGAAUUGAUCGAUAUAAUGGAAAACAAGGAGGCUCAACUUCAUCAGCUGUUAUCCCAAUAGCAUCAGGGUUUAGAAAAGAUUGGGUCUGUAAAAUUUGUCAAACCAGCAUUGAAAACGAAAACCGACGGUGUUAACUAUGCUCUUGACACUUCCCCUCCCUUGCCCAAUGGACGAAUAAUUGGACGCCGCCCUGUUGAUUUCAGGUCGGAACCACCCGUCGAUGUUCGGUGUUCAGAUGUUCUGCCGACGGUUGGCGGUGUCAAUAACGUCCUCCACUGUAUUUUCGGACGAGUAAAUUCAAACGGGCUGUAUGUGUGUAUAAUAAUACGAAUACGCUUCGCCAGCGUCUCGCCAAAUUCAUCCGGAAUAGAGAAAAUCAAACCAAAAUCUCGACUUUCGUCGAACACUUCGUUUUGCGAAUGGUAAAUAGCUAUGAAUCAGAUUUCCCCGUCGCCUGCCGCAAAAAAGCCGCUUACACGGUUACACCUUACUAACGAGUGACGAAAAAGAUAAAUUCAACUGGCAAGAAGACGACGAAUCUGAGGAAUUAUUUCUGGAAUACGCAAAAUUUGUUGAGUCACCUUCCAGUGCACUGGACUUGACCGAAUUGAAAAUGUUGGCAGACAUUCACUGUCUAACAAUUCACGUCUAUGAAGAGGAAUCAAUUUAUUCAUUCAAAUUCAAAGUAACUUUAAAAAUUCUGGCAGACGCAACCAACACUUCAUUUUGUAUGAUGGAAUUGGCGAAUGGCAGCGUCUAGAAGCUAAUUUAAAAUAGGAAAAAUUCUGCAAAACACUUGAUCGUGAUUUAUUUGAAUGUCAGCCCAUCCAAACAGAUUCCUUUCGAAUGUUGAUGGAGUGGCUCGAAACACACCACACGAGCGAGAACGUCAUCACCGCUCUCAAGAAAUUGAACCCGGAAAUAGGGAAUACUCCAGACGAAUUAUUUCGAUUGCUGUUACAACGUUUAUACAGGAAUAUUCAGAAACAGAAGACGAAGAGGGUGAUGUAGAGAUGAGGGAUGAUCAUUCAAUAGCACUAGCACAAGAUCUUUGCUAUUUGGCUGAGGCUGUAUUGGAAUACAACAACCGAAACAUUAGCCCAAUCUUCUAUUUCAGUAUCGUCAAAAAAUAUCAUCCACAAGAAUGGAAAUGCUAUUUUUUAAUGCUUGAACUUUUCAAUCGACGGGCAACGGUUCGUAUUGAUGAAGACUUAAGCAAGUUAUCACUUAGUUUUUUAUGUGAUAUAGAUGACCGAAUGUUAAUUGGGAUGGCUUCAAUAAAAAAUAAAAUUGCGGAAACAGACAGAGAUUCGGCUUUGGAUCUAGAAAAAUUUGUGCCACUGUUGAGUAUGCUAGUAACGACAUUCGAUAAAGAGAUUAUUGACAAGCGUCAAUUUUUAGAGCUCCAGGAACUUCAGUUAAUUGGUUGGAUUUACGAGCUGAAAAGCAAAUUGUGGCAUACGGAAUUUGAUCAACUAUCGAGUGAUCCGAACGAAAAAGAGCACAACAAACUAAAGAAAGAGGCCAUCCACAUGUUAUUGGAACUGGAAAUUAAAGAAGGAAAUGGAUUUGGUGACGAAUUGAUUGAAGGGAUAGAAGACCUGAAGUUAAUUGUAACUAAACUACACGAUAAUCUGUAUCCGGGCAAGAACAACCCCUACCAAAAACCUGUACAAAGAAAUGUGGAAGAGAUCAUAUCAAUAAUGAUGGAUGACAUCAUAAAUGAAAACCAACUGACGCAGAAUAAAUACACCAGAAUGCUGAAUGAUAUAAAAAUUAAAGUUGGGGAAUCCAAAAUAAAGUCAGAAAGUAUAGAAGAACGCAAAAUAAAGAAACUAAUAAACAAGUGGCAGACAACUGGUUUAGAACUGAAUGACCAAUCGGUAGUCGAGUUUCUCUACGUUUACGAUUACGCUGUACAGCAGAUAUGUACGAAUAAAGGUGAUGAACAUAAAUUCCAACUACGCGACACACAGAGAGUGGCUAUGACGACUUUACUAAUACACAAAAGAACAACCACGUUGACUCAAGUAUCAACUGGCGAGGGCAAGUCUCUCAUCGUCACUGGAGUUGCAAUUGCAUUUGCUCUCUCACGAAAUAAAGAAAACCAAAACCAAAAAAUUGACGUCAUUACCAGUAACGACAUGCUAGCUCUUCGCGAUUCCAAUUUAUCUGUGGCCGAAGGUGGGAUGCGCAACCUCUACGAAUUUUUCAAUAUUAGCGUUGCAAACAAUUGCAGUCAAUCGGUUCACAAUCGAACCAAAGCCUACAAUGCAACCGUCGUCUACGGACAGCUGGCCAACUUCCAGCGAGAUUAUCUGAUGGACUACUUCUACCAUCAUAACAUUCGAGGUGACCGAACGAUGGACCUUGUUAUUAUUGACGAAGUAGACUGCAUGCUGCUCGACCGCGGCAACAAUACUCUCUAUCUGUCGCACGAUAUCCCGGGCAUGGAGACGCUAGAAUCAGUUUACGUUUUCAUUUGGGAAAAAGUUUGCACUUCUUCCAUCGAAACAGAUGUUUCAAUCCUGAAAGAGUCUGUUAAAAAGGCUGUCCUUUACGAUCUCUACGUGGCAAUAACUAAGGAAGAUUUGAAAUCAAUUCACGCUCAAUUAGAAAACGACCCAUCAGAAACGAAUGCACUAUGGAACUAUCUAAUCGAAGACAAAAUCAUCGACGCAGAAGGGCAGCUGUUGAUGAAAAACGGAAUCCCGAAUAUCAAUUAUCAAGAAAAUCUAAAUCCCAAGAUCGCCUUUUAUUUCCGCAAAGUUGCAGAACGCGAGCGUCACAUCCGAAUACCCGACCAUUUGAUGCCCUUCGUCGAUCGACACCUAAACUCUUGGAUAGACAACGCUUUUCAUGCUCUGGAACUAGAAAUCGACAAGGACUACGUUGUCGACCAAGAUCGAACUGAUACAAGUCCAGAUCUUAAUCCACAAGUAAUUAUCAUCGAUCCGGACACGGGGACUGACCAAAUUUCAACCCAGUGGGACGAAGCCCUUCAUCAAUUUAUUCAGCUCAAGGAAGGUUGCAAGUUGACACUUCAAAGUCUCAAAACCAUUUUUAUUUCCAACGCGACCUACAUGAAGAAAUACGAAAAACUAGCCGGAGUGUCCGGUACGCUGGGGACUAAAACCGAUCGAACCUUCAUGGAGAGAAAUUAUAAAUGCCUUUAUUUCGUCAUUCCGAUAGCUUUCGAAAAACGCUUUCAUCUUAAACCACCGAAGGUAUUAAAAUCAAAAGAAACCUGGUUGAAAACCAUCAUCAAGGAAACUGAGCAGACAAUUCUUACUACCGAUCGCCAUGACGCUCGUUCCGUCGUCAUAUUUUGUCACUCCAUCAAAUCCGUUAACCUCAUUCACAAAAGCUUGAAAAGUUCUGAAUUAAUCAAUGCCGAUAACAUCCAUUGCUACACGCGUGACUUCGAGAAAUUCGCUUUCGAAAGUCAAUCACUGGAGGUUGGUCACGUCAUCGUUACCACCAACUUGGCCGGACGAGGGACCAACAUAAAAAUCAGCGAAAAACUCAGAAAGAACGGAGGACUUCACAUUUGUCUGACCUUUUUACCGAAAAAUGAGCGGAUUGAGGAGCAAGCUAUGGGACGUUCAGCUAGAAAUGGAGCUCCUGGCAGCGGAAUAUUAAUCUUGUGCGACGAGUUGGCACACUCAACAUCCAGAGGAGGACAAAAGUAGGGCGCUGGUAAAUUUGAGAGUAUGAAAAUAGAGCGUCAAUGGCAAGAGUCGCAACGGAUGUCCAGUUUCGAGGACGAUGCCAGAAACAUCGAACACGAAGAAACAUUUUUUGGGGACUUUUCAGUUGAUUACAUCAGUACAACGAAUGAGUUGAAAUAUCGAGAACAUGAAGAUCAGGAAAUCAAAAUAAUAUGCGAUAGCAUCCUAGACAAAUGGGCUCUUUGGCUUGACGAAACGGUUGACCAGCUGGAACUAUCUUUUUCCUAUUACAUGGAAGAAUUCAAAGAUUUCAUAAGCGAAUUCA